AUGACGGCCACCAACGAAAAACAAGCGCUGCCGUCACCACUUGCCAUGCAAGCAACCAGCGAUCCAGAGAAAGCUCAAGAGCUACAGCUGACGGUUCAACCAUGGGAGCCGCGAGCAUGGUGGAAAAAAGUGCCCUUCCUAAGCACUCGUGUACGUCCGGUCAUCUCGGCCUUGGAUCCUGAACACCCCAACGCCAAGAUGACACCAGAGGCGACCGCAAGUUGGUUUUCGCGCUGCUGGUUUGCUUGGGUUGACCCGAUCCUCACCGCCGGCUACACACGUCCCAUGGAAAAAGACGAUCUGUACCUUCUUCGUCCUGAUCGAUGCUCAGACAAGCUCGGUGCUCAGCUUUUGGAUGCCCUCGAGAAGAGGCAAAAGCGCCGUCAAGAUUGGAUACAGGCAAAUCCCGAUAAGGCAGACAAGCCGGCCAAGAUUCCACCAUUGAUGUGGGCAAUGAACGAUGUUGUCUUUCGCUAUUUUUGGAUCGGUGGCCUGCUCAAGCUUCUCGCCGAUGUGGGAACCAUCACGAGCCCGCUUCUCCUUCGAGCGCUCAUCACCUUUGGUCGCAAGUCGUACAAUAUGCGUGAAAACCGCGAAGGAGCACCGCACCUUGGACGAGGCGUCGGACUAGCGAUCGGUCUUUUCCUCGUCCAAGCGCUGUGCGUCUUCCUCAACGUACAUGCCUUCAAUCGCGGAUUCGGCACUGGUAUCAUUCUUCGUGGGGCACUCAUUCAAGCCAUCUUCCAACGUGGAAUGAACCUCUCGACCAGAGCCAGGACCGCUGGCGGUCUAGGGGUCAGCAAGCUGGUAACGCUCAUCAGUGCCGAUGCGACGCGCAUCGACUACGCAGGUCAGUUCUUCCACAUGGCGUGGACAAGCGCAAUUCAGAUCGUCAUCUGUGUGGCGCUCCUCAUCUGGAGCUUGAAGUACAGUGCGCUACCAGGUAUUGCAGUGCUCGUGCUCAUGAGUCCAGUUCAGACGGCCAUCACCAAGCGACUUUUCGCACUGCGUAAGAAGAGCAUGGAGUGGACGGAUAAGCGCAACAAGGCAGUCAACGAGGUAGUGGGCGGCAUCCGUGUCGUCAAGCAGUUUGCUUGGGAGCAGCCCUAUUCGGAUCGCAUCGCCGAGUUGCGCGCAAAGGAAAUGUCGUUUCAUCGCGUCCGCCUCUACCUCCGCUCCCUCAACCUUGCGCUUGCCUUUGCAACGCCAACGAUUGCGACCGUGCUCAGCUUCAUCACGUACGCGCUUGUGGGCAAUGAGCUGGAUGCAGCGAUCCUGUUCUCUUCGCUGUCGUUCUUUACUCUGCUUCGCACUCCUCUUCAAUUCUUGCCGAUCGCAUGGAAUGCCGUUGUCGAUGCCAAGAAUGCUGCUGAUCGAAUCGAAAAGGUGUUCGACGCCGAGAUUCAACGUGAUCAGAUCAUCCGGGAUCCCAAUGCCCCGCAAGCGAUUCAGAUGCAAGAUGCGAAGUUCACCUGGGAAACCGCUCAAUCCGCCGAGACCGCAACAGAGAAUGUUGCCACCCUUACAGAGAUCAAUCUGACGGUCCCACGUGGAGCCCUUUGCGCCAUCGUUGGUGGCGUCGGAAGCGGUAAGAGCUCGCUGAUAUCUGCUCUAGCCGGCGAAAUGCGUCAGACGUCCGGAACAGUCACCCUCUCAUCCUCCACUGCCGUCUGCGCACAGACCGCCUGGAUACAGAGCACCACGAUCCGCAUCAACAUUGUCUUUGGCAACGUCUUUGACCCUCAACGCUACCGGUGCGUCCUCGAAAAGUGCUGUUUGCUUCCAGAUCUAGCCACGUUACCUGAAGGAGAUCAAACCAUCGUUGGCGAAAAAGGUGUAUCGCUGUCUGGAGGUCAGAAGCAGAGGAUCAAUAUCGCGCGAGCCUUGUACCAUAAUAGCGAGAUCGUCCUGCUCGACGACUGUCUUUCCGCUCUUGAUGCAAGGGUGGGUAGGGAAAUUUUUGCCAACGUCAUCGCGGGAGAAGCGAUGCAAGGAAAGACGCGCAUCCUGGUGACGCACUCGCUCAAUGUGCUCAAGUCGUGCGAUUGGAUCGUGUUCAUGGAUGGUGGACGGAUUGCAGAACAAGGCACGUACGGACAGCUCGUUGACUCAAAGCAGCGUGUCGCCGAGCUUCUGAUGACGCACACCAAGGACCACGAGGACAACGACAAUGCAAGCGUGACGGAAGAGACAUCGGACUCUAUCGCUGACAAGGAAAGCGAUACGUCCGAAAGCGCCGAGACUGCUGCGUCAAUCCAAGGCGAAACCAAAGCACUUUCCGUGGAGAAGAUCACGUCCGCAACGGCUACACCAAGCGGCAAAGCCCUGAUGCAGGCCGAGGAACGUUUCAGUGGCUCCGUCUCGCGCUCGACCUAUCUCUCCUACCUCAACGCUGCGCCGCUGUCCAUCCUUCUUCCGCUGUUUAUCGUUGCUGUGUUGAUUUUUCAAGGUUCGACGAUCAUGUCGCCCGUAUGGCUGCUGUGGUGGCAAAGUCACACAUUCUCUCAAAGCCAAGGCGUGUACAUGGGAGUCUACGCAGUGUUUGGUAUCACGCAAUCGCUGGGGCUGCUCAGCAUGGGCGUCAUCUUUUCGACUUUCACCAUCAGAUCCGCCACCGCUCUGCACCACCGUGCGCUGCAACGCGUGCUCCAUGCACCCUUCUCCUUCUUCGACACCACCCCGCAAGGCCGAAUCACGCAUCGUUUCAGCAAGGAUAUGGACACGCUCGAUAACAUUAUCGGCGAAGCGAUGCGCACGCUCAUCGGUACCGUCGUUCAAGUGGUGGGCUCGAUCGUCUUGAUCGCAAUCUUGACGCCGUACUUCUUGAUCCCCGUAGCGGUGAUUCUGGUGCUGUACUUUUGGAUCGCUGCUUACUACCGUUCCACAGCGCGCGAGCUGCGUCGCAUCGACGCUGGAUUGCGUUCCAACAUGCACGAACACUUUAGCGAGUCUCUGCACGGUCUUGUCACCAUUCGCGCAUUCGGACACGUGGAUGCCUUUGUCGCUGAAAACUGCCGUCGCAUCGACAAGCAGAAUCGCGCCUACUGGCUCGCGCAAACCUGUCAACGCUGGCUCUCUGUUCGACUGGAUUUCCUCGGCUCGCUUCUCAUCUUAUCCGUAGCUGUGCUGGUCGUAGCCAGCCGCUUCGACAUCAGCCCCGGCGAAACGGGUGUAGCACUGUCCUACAUCCUCACCGCACAGAGCAUCUUUGGGUGGAUGAUUCGACAUGCUGCCGAGCUCGAAAACAAUAUGAGCGCGGUCGAGCGUGUGCUACACUACGCCAACGAGAUCGAACAGGAAAAGCCUUAUCACGUUGCCCACGUCGACGACAAGCUUGUGGAAGGAGACUGGCCUGAACGAGGCGAGAUUCGGUUUGACGGCGUGCAGGCCAGAUACGCCUCUUCCGAACGCAACGUGCUGGACAAUUUGAAUCUGCACAUCAAGGCAGGCGAGAAUAUGGCCUUCUGCGGUCGCACUGGUGCAGGAAAGAGCACAUUGGUGACCACGUUGCUGCGAACACUCGAGUUGAGUGCAGGCAGCAUCACGAUUGACGGUGUCGACAUAGCGACCAUGGGCCUGCACCGAUUGCGCAGUUCGAUCUCGCUCAUCCCGCAGGACGCGGUGAUCUACAGCGGCACGCUGCGGUACAACCUUGAUCCAUUGCACCACUAUGACGAUGCAACGCUCAAUGACGCCCUCGAACGAACCAGCCUCACGGACCUCUCUCUUGACACGAUGAUCACCGAAGAAGGCGGUAAUCUGUCAGCCGGUCAGCGCUCGCUCAUUUCCCUCGCCCGUGCCUUGGUUCGCAAGACCAGGAUCGUGAUCCUCGACGAAGCUACGGCGAGCAUCGAUCAACAAACCGACGUGCAGAUCCAAGAGGUGCUCAAGACCCAAUUCGAAUCGAUCACUACUCUUACGGUGGCGCACAGGAUCCAGACCAUUCUGCAUUCCGAUCGCGUGUGUGUGCUGGACAAGGGCAGGAUUGUAGAGAUUGGCCGCCCCGAGGAGCUGUAUGCGAACGAAAAGGGCUCAUUCAGAAGUCUUUGCAACAGUGCCAAGAUUCAAUAUCGGGAUGGAAAGUGGCAGUAG